UCCACCUCACACACACUGCUUUAGACCUGCCAUCUCUGCAUGCUUCUCAUUAUCACCCCCUGCUCAUGCCGGCCACUGCUAUCUCCUGAUGCCAGGCAGCACUGCACCCCACACACGUGUGCCACCCAGUCCCUCCUCCCUCACAGGUCCCCAUGCUGGCAUCACCCACUGCACCACAACUAGAUUGUAGCGACCUCCUCGGAUGUGCAGUCUCCUGAGACAACUUUCUUCUCCUGCUCCUUGGCCACCUUUUGCUGGGAAGAGGCUGAUGCUGAGGGACUUGCUGGACUGAGGGGGAUCUUCUCUGUGACCCGACUGCACCCAGGACCUGAGCCACAGUCCGGACUGGAAAAUGCACUUGCUGGAAGUAGCACUACUUUUUCUAUACACAGUAUUGAUUCAGGGGGACAUAGCUUAUGAGUCAGGACAAGGGUAUUACGACGAUCCGGAAUUUGGUGACUUCAAGGAUCACCCAGGCAAGGAGCUGGAAGAGCAACUACGAGCUGUAUCCAGUGUGGAUGAACUAAUGACACUGCUUUACCCUGAAUCCUGGAAAAUGUUCAAGUGUCAAAUGAGACAAGGACAGGCCAGCUUUGAUACUAGAAGAGACGACAGUCUCAAAUUUGCAGCUGCACACACCAACUACAAUGCUGAAAUCUGGAAAAGUAUUGAAAGUGAAUGGAGAAAAACCCAGUGCAUACCACGAGAAGUAUGUGUAGACGUGGGAAAAGAAUUUGGAGCCUCAACAAACACUUUCUUUAAACCGCCCUGCGUGUCCUUGUACAGAUGUGGAGGAUGCUGUAACAGUGAGGGGUUGCAGUGCGUGAACAUCAGCUCUACGUACGUCAGCAAGACACUCUUUGAAAUCACAGUCCCUCUAUCUCAAGGGCCAAUAAAACCAGUAACCAUCAGCUUUGCCAACCAUACAUCCUGUCGGUGCAUGUCGAAAUUGGAUGUUUACAGACAAGUCCAUUCAAUAAUCAGAAGAUCACUGCCAGCAACUCAAGUACAUUGUCAAGUGGCAAAUAAGACCUGCCCCCGAAACCAUAUUUGGAACAACCAUUUGUGCAAAUGUAUACAACAUCAUGACUUUUCAUCACAUAUUGAGGAAUCAGACUCCUCUGAAUCAUUCCAUGAUAUUUGUGGUCCAAACAAGGAACUAGAUGAAGAAACAUGUCAAUGUAUCUGUAAAGGGGGUUUGUUGCCUUCAAGUUGUGGUCCUCACAAAGAGCUGGAUCGGACAUCUUGCCAAUGUGUCUGCAAAAAUAAACUUCUUUCUACUUCCUGCGGACCCAACAAAGAGUAUGAUGAAGAGAGGUGCCAGUGUGUGUGUAAAAAGACCUGUCCAAAACACCAGCCACUGAAUCCUAUCAAAUGUGCAUGUGAAUGUGUAGAAACCCCAAACAAAUGUUUCCUUAGAGGAAAGAGAUUCCACCAUCAGACAUGCAGCUGUUACAGACCACCCUGUACAAAUCGAUUGAAACGUUGUGAUCCUGGUUUCCUGUAUAGUGAAGAAGUUUGUCGCUGUGUACCCUCAUAUUGGAAAAGACCACACAUGAACUAAUACAGAACACAUGGUCCAUAUGACUCUGAAAAUAAGAAACUUAAUUUUAUUCUAACUUUUGGAUCUACUUUUGCAUUGGAAACCAUAUGUGGAGUAAGGACAUAUGCAUUCUGCAGCUUGUAAAAUGGGACCCAAGUUUAAGAUCGUGCAAGAUUUUAUUUUUUUUUUUUGAGGACUUGAUGGGUCAUAUUUGAUGACAAAGCAAGUCUCCGGUUUUCCUGUGAUCUUAUUUUAUUUUUAUCAAGAUAAUGACUAUAUAAUUUAUUUCCACUAAAAAUAUUGUGCAGCAUUUCUGUUUAUAGCAGUAACAAUGUAAAAGCGCACUGUGAUUAAUAUUUUUAUAUCAUGUAAAAUAUGUUUAAAAUAAAAAAACAAACUGAAAUGUGUACUAUAAACCACCAAUAUGUUCAGUUGGAUUCCGUAUCACACCUCAAGAGUAUCCAUGUGUAAGACAUUUUAUUUUUUUAUUCAAAGUAUUUUUACAUUUUGCAGUUGAGAUUGUUUCAUAAUGCAGAGUUACCAUCAGUAUUGCACUGGCUUCAUGUUUCUAGGUCCUAAAUGAAUUGGAAGGAAGAACCUGAAAAUUGAAGUCUACUAAGUACUGUAUUGUAUUGUAUAUCUUUUGCUAUAGACCUCUAAUGUUUUUGGAGAUUUAUUAGACAUUAGGUUUUUUGGACACACUCUUACUGCAAGCUAGGUAUAAGUUUGUGAUGUUUGUUGUGAAACUCUAGUUUUAGGGUAAUAUGUUGCAAGCAAAUGGAAUGUUCAGUGUUAGAAAUUAUUAAUGCAGAAUGAUAUGAGUCACAUUAUAAUAAGCAUCAGGUAUGUGGCCACAUUCUGUGCUAGUUAUGACAGAUGGUUUUCUGAUUAAUAAAAUGCAGACAACUUAAUAUGGAAAUUCAUUGGUGGACAAGAUGUAGAGAAGUAAUGGAAUUAAGAAGGUUUAUACAACAUAAUACUUAUGAAGCAGAGAUUGCAAUUGCAACAAUCACAUGGCUUCACUAAAGUGCCAAUUGAGCUCUGGUAUAUGCGCUCCUAUCUGAGAGCCCACUCAUCCAUUCCACUGAGCCAAAUGAGGUCACAUUACCUAAGAGGAGCAGGCUCUUUUUUUUGAGUGGCACUUUGGAAAAUUCUUUAAGGGGUAUUUC